UGUCCGUCAGCGCGGUGGGCGGGGCGCUGUGAGGUGUCCGUGGGACGGGCGGCCCGGCGGCGGCUCACGGCGGACAUGGCGGACACGGCGCUGCGGCUGGCGGCGCUGCUGGCGGCCGUCUGUGUGGCCGGUGUCUGUGGAGAUGAAUUUAGUGUCUUACGAUCACCUCAGUCGGUUGUUUUCCGAGAUGGAAGUUGGCCCAUUCCUGGCGAGCGGAUCCCGGAUGUCGCCGCGUUAACCAUGGGCUUUUCUGUUGAAGAGGACCUUCCCUGGCCUGGGCUUGCAGUGGGGGAUCUGUUUCACAGACCACGAGCUACUGUGCUGGUGACAGUGAAGGGAGUGGACAAGCUGGCACUGCCUGUGAAGGGGUUCUCUUACCCCAUUGAGAAUGCUGUUCCUUUCAGUCUUGACAGUGUUGCAAACGCUAUUCAUAGUUUGUUCUCUGAGGAAACGCCUGUGGUGUUGCAGCUGGCCCCCAGUGAGGAAAGGGUGUACAUGGUGGGCAAGGCAAACGCCGUCUUUGAGGAUCUUUCUGUCACACUGCGCCAGCUGCGGAACCGCCUGUUCCAGGAGAACUCCAUUCUCAGCUCCCUUCCCCUCAACUCCCUCAGCAGAAACAAUGAGGUUGACUUGCUUUUUCUGUCAGAACUUCAAGUCCUACAUGAUAUUACAAGCCUGCUGUCUCGACACAAGCACUUGGCCAAAGAUCACUCUCCAGACCUGUACUCUCUGGAACUGUCUGGCUUGGAAGAGGUUGGAAAACGGUAUGGGGAAGACUCUCAGCAGUUCAAGGAUGCUUCUCAAAUUCUUGUAGACUCCUUGCAAAAGUUUGCAGAUGAGAUGUUUAAUCUGUAUGGUGGGAAUGCAGUGGUAGAAGUGGUGGCUGUAAAGGAGUUUAAUUCCCCCCUGAUAAGGAAGUCUCGCUCCAUUCUCCAGUCUUCACAGAGUGAGAAAGAAAAUCCGUAUAACCUUGCCUACGCAUAUAACUACAACUACUCUGUAAUCUUCAACAUUAUUCUGUGGAUGAUGAUAGGCCUUGCUUUAGCUGUGAUAGUUAUCUCCUACAACCUCUGGAACAUGGAUCCUGGGUAUGACAGCAUUAUUUAUAGGAUGACAAACCAGAAGAUAAGAAUGGAUUGAACCGCGCCGUAUUUCAGCGCAGGAGGAUGAUGAGAGGAGUGAGGUCUCCUUCAAACUGUGUGGAAAACAAAUGUUCUGACAUGGUUAAUUGUGGAAGUCUUUUAAAGGUGUAUUUAUUUCUUAAUUAUUUUUUCUCUCUCCAAGACUAUUUUAAAUGUUAGUAGUAGCACCAGAUGGGAUUUAGGAAUUGAAAUCUGCUUGUUUAAAAAAACCUAAAACAACAACUCCCGAAAUAAUUGUCAUUAAAGUAACAUCAUUCCAUUUUUUUUAUUAUGUAACAUGAGUUUUUGAAAAGCCCUGUACUGCCUGUGACUGUGUGCAAAACAGAGAAAUUGAAAUUAUGAUAGCAACAUGUUGUUUGAAACUUUUACACUGGACGAUUAGAAAUUAUAGCUAAAUUGUUGUGUUGUAUAUUAUGAACCAGCUGUAAAUGUUUGAUGUAAAUAUUUAUAAUGGUUGUACGUAACUUCAGAGAGAAUAGUAAAUAUUCUUUAGUAAAAUACUAAAUAUAGAAAUAUUUCUAGAAGACUUACAACUCAUUUUGAUCUCAUGUUGGUGGCUCAGAGGUGAGCUAUACAGAGAAGGAUCCUUUCCCUGGAACUUCAGUGAUUUGGAGGUAAAUAACACUAGUGUGGCUGGUCUGUACAGUGGAGUCUGUAAAUACUGAGGUAGCAUCAAUCCGGUCAUGGUCUGACGUCACAUGCAGUUGAAAGUUCCUGUUAUGAUGGUUCAUGUUCCUUCCAUUUGUGUUGAUGUUGUUAUAAAAAACCCCACCAAAACGAUUCUUUUUGAUGAGAAGAGUGGACCAACACUUGAUUUAAGUAUACCUGGAUUAUAGUCCUGCUUCAGCCAUUCAAUAAAGCAAAGAACAGUUGUUCUUGAA